AUGCAUGCUUUUGUGCCCUGCACCUCUUCUCCCUCCACUGCCGGGUCUGCCGCAUCUCUGAUGUGCCAGCGCCUCUACGACAUCGAGGACACACGCCAUGGCGACUGCGUAUGUGCUUAUCCUCAUGUAAACACAAUGCAGCACAACAUGCCUUAUUGUGCCUUCUGCUGGGCUUGUGCCCCACUUUCUGGUACACUUCUGUAUGUCCUCUCGCCUGGGUUCGGUGUAUUGCGCAAUUCGCUAAAGCGCAACGCCUUAUCCUGGCUACUCGUUGUUAGGGCUGGAGAGUGA